AUGUCGACUUGGGUAAAAGAAAAUUGCGUGUCCUUCUUUCAACUAUUUUGCAUAAAGAUAGUGAAGACUGGACGAGUUCCACAGCAUAUAGCAUUUAUAAUGGAUGGAAAUCGACGAUACGCUAAGAAAUUCAGUGUAAAUAUUAGUGCUGGUCACAGCAAGGGAUUCGAUAAACUUUCAGAAACUCUAAAGUGGUGCUUAGAUCUUGGUAUUCCUGAAGUAACAGUAUAUGCAUUUAGUAUAGAAAACUUUAAAAGAACUAAAGAAGAAGUUGAUGCUUUGAUGGAUCUCUCGCGUGAUAAAUUUAACAAGCUUCUGGAAGAAAUAGAUCAAAUAAAUGAAUGGGGAGUCAGGUUAAAUGUUCCUGGUCGUCUAUCCCUGCUACCUGAGGACAUACAAAUAUUGGCAUCCAAGGCUAUGCUGGCUACACGACACAAUAACAAACUUCGACUUAAUAUUGCAUAUGCUUAUACAGGUCGAGAUGAAAUAAGCAGAGCUGCAUCAAAUAUUGUAGUUGGUGUUCAAAACAAAGAAUUAUCUCCAGAUGACAUAGAUGAGGAUCUUGUCUCGCAGACAUUGGAUUUAGGUGAACCCGAAUUGCUCAUACGAACAUCAGGAGAAGUAAGACUGUCAGAUUUUAUGUUAUGGCAGGUUUCCAACUCAGUUUUAUAUUUUUCUGAUGUUUUGUGGCCAGAAUUCUCGAUAUGGAAUCUUUUGGCUGCUAUUAUACAUUUUCAAAGAAAUGCACCACCUCUGGUUCAAGAGAAAGAAAAUAAUCUACUUCAAGAAGAAUUUUUAAAGAAAUUGGAAAUCAGAAGAUGGGAAAAGUUAGAGAAGAUUGUUGGUUGU